AUGAUCCCAACCCCAGUUUCGAAGAAGAUUAGAAGUAGGCUUAAUUUGUCAAUCCAUAAAAAGCCGCAUUUUUUAUUCAGGCAAAAUUUAUUACUAGAUAAAGGACAAAAAUGGGAACCAAAGCUAAGGAAGGGCCAUCCAGAAUUCGUCAAGCAGUUCGAUAUACUGAAUCGCCAGGUAACCGGAUUUCGCAAAUAUAAACCACCUGUAGUGAGAAGGGAAGAAAUGAAAAGAAAUUAUGACAUAACAAAUUUUCAUGAAGUGAAAUCUAAAUUCAGAUUUGAGAUAAACGGUUUUUUUGAAGAUGAAGGAAACGUCUUUUGCGAUGAACUGUACAGAACUGCCAAGCGCAUGUUCAUAGUUGGGUGGAUUAAAUGCAGGAAGAGGUUUGCCAUGGGUCAUUUUCAAGGUGAUUCAUAUGCCAUUUCAUAUUUGAGGCAUUGGUUUGACAUGUACUCAUCACAAACGAAUAAGAUUGAUAAAUUGCGAAUUUUCGAUGAGAACCAUGGAAUAUCCAAUUUUGAUUAUUACAACAUCACGGUGGUUAAAGACUAUAGAAGCCCUGCAAAGAAAAAAAUGCACCUCAUACAGAGUCAUGAAUUUUUAAAAACGAAGGCACUGUUUAAUUUGAAAUGA